GCUACGGCCCCCCCCCCCACCAGGGCUCCCCCCAUCUCCCCCCGACAUCAGUCCGUCCCGCUUCCAGCUGCUGCAGCCGAGCCUUCACCGCCUCGGCAUCCAGUCGCCCCCUGCUCCGGCCCGGCAUGGCGACCCCGACCCAGGCCCCCACAAAGGUUCCUCAGGAACCUGACCCAUUUUACUAUGACUACGACACUGUGCAGACGGUGGGCAUGACUCUGGCCACUAUAUUGUUCCUGCUGGGCAUCCUCAUCAUCAUCAGCAAGAAGGUGAAGUGCAGGAAGGCGGACUCCAGCCCAACAUGCAAAUCCUGUAAGUCGGAGCUUCCCUCCUCAGCGCCUGGAGGUGGCGGCGUGUAAAACCAGCCCUGGGCACCUCCACUGCUGUCCCUGCCUGAGUGCGGAAGCCUGAGGACCGGGUGGAGGCGGUGGGGACCCCGCCUUGCGCCGGGGAGCGCUCCCCCGAAUGAGCCGUCCCACCCACCCGAGGCUAGUGCUGCUGCACCCCGCUGCCCCUCCCCAGGCCUUGGCAACGACGACCCCCCGAAAGAGCCCGUCUGCAUCCCGGAUCCAGGGACUCAGGCCUCCAGCUCCUGGGGUCCGGGAGUCCAGCCCCAGCCCCCCAGAGUCCCCACGUACUGCUUCCCGGCACCUCCCCGUCUCCCCUCCGAAGAUCGGUUUCCCUGCACCCUUGGAGUCUAUGUCUUGAGCUUAAUAAAUGUGCAUUUGGUUUUUUCCCCUG